AAACCAAGCCAAUUCAUGCAUUGGACUUGCGAUGUUGGGGACGUUCGCUAUCCUCUCUCUACUACCAGUGCUUAUUUCAUGUGCUGGAGAUGGAAAUAUUCAUCUGCUAGAGGACGAAAUUGCUGAAGCUUUGCGCUCGUGCUCGGUGCCUGGAGAUGACAGCAAAGAGACGCGACAGCGGCGCUCGGAAGAAUAUGGAUACGACGAGCAAUAUGCUGAUCGGACACCACGCAUCGACAACAACUCAAAACCAGAAACGAAUCAGUACGGUCACGAAAGACGGAAUACUUCCAUGAAAGAGCAGAUACAUGUUCUGAACGCGACUGACUUUGAUUAUGGGGGGUACGGGGCAGGGAAUGGGGGGGAGAGGCUGGUGAACACGGUGCCGCGCCCGGCGAUCGGCGCAGACUCCGGGAAUAUGACGUCACUGAACAGGACUAGACGGAGCGAGCCGCUGCUUAACAAACCUGACUCGGAUCAAUGUCUCAGCCAGUGUGUUUUCGCAAAUCUUCAAGUGGUGGACUCCAGAGGUAUCCCACGUGAGAGCGAGCUGUGGGCACGCAUCCAGGGUUCUGUGACAUCCCAGCAGUCUCGUGCCGCGCUGCACGACCAGACCAGAGCGUGCUUCCAGGAGUUGCAGUCAGAAGCGGAAGAUAACGGCUGCUCAUACUCCAACAAACUAGAGCGUUGCCUGAUGCUGCGGCUCGCUGACAGGAAAACUAACGCUUCAGGACCUCAACCUCAAAGUGGACAACACUAAUUACCGCUUGAGCUUUCACGGAUUUCUUUAACUGCCUGCUUAAUAACAAAAAUAACACAUAUCAGUGAAAGAACAAAGAUCAAAGUCAAAUGGCGUUCUAAGUUUAAAUCAUGUGUAGAAAGAUGGCAGUAAAUUUACUGUGGCUACAAAAUUUACUUUGACAAUCCGCCUCUAUACUAAAUUCUCUUUGUUGAUAUUAACCUUUUCAUCUUCUUUCGGGCAGUAGAGCGAAAAGAAAAUGAAUUGAGCUAUAGAUCUAUUCUAUCUAAAAAUCUGCAGGACAUCCAUGUUACCCGAUCCAUAGAUGAUUUAUGCGACUUAUGGCAAUGCCGAAGGUUAUAAAGAUUUAUAGGUAUUAUUAUAUAUUUCAAUGUAGAAAUUUGUUAUGUUUAGGUAGAUAAUUGCUGGUAUUUAGUAUUACACUAUAUAUUGACAUUUGUUAUUGUGCUGAAUGUGCGUAUAAAAUGAUCACUGUGCUUAUCUGAAUGUUUGUGCCACUUUUUCAAGUUUCGCUGUCUGAAGGUUGUCUCGAAGAGAACACUGUUUAGGGAUAAGUCCGCCUGUUACCUACUUAGGUAGACUCCAAUUAGUUUUCUGUAGGUAUCUUUUUAUUUUGUAGAGUGCAAUAAGGUUAUAUUUAUUAUUAAGCAUAUACUAUGUAAUAUGUAUCUCCCACAUUUUUUUUUUUUUUCAAUUAUAAGUAUGUAAGUCACCAGUAGACAUAGAUGCAAAUCAGAAUAAAUUCUGAACCUCAA